UGAAGCUAAAAUAGAGAUCUAAAAGUUUCAUGUUUGAUUACAGAUUAGAAAUGACAUGAUCGAACUCCGUCAAGCUCGAUCGAUUUUCUUCCAAAAAAAUAGCUAACAAUGAAUUAAUAUUCACAUCAUCUUCAGACCAGACAAUAAUGGACAUCCCUACUCGCCUAUGCAAAACCCUCUUGAUUUCUAGCGUAGUGCUCUACUUGGCCUUCAUUUCCCUCUCCAAUCGUUACCCGAAUUGCCCUCCUUCGCACUUCCUCACCCCGACCUUUCUCGAAAUCUCAUCACCGUCGUCGUCGUUGUCUCCUACGUCCAACACCACCCGCCAAUCCACAUCGAACCCCGCCUACCCGCCCACUGUCCUCAGCCACCUGGCAUUCGGCAUCGUCGGCUCCGAGGACGCCUGGCACCACCGCCGAGCGUACAUAGAAUCCUGGUGGCGCCCGAACGCUACCCACGGGCUUCUGUUCCUGGACCAACCGCCGUCGGAGAAUCUCCUCCCCUGGUCCCGGGAGUCUCCUCCCUACAGGAUAUCCCGCGAUCUGAGGACGUUUCUGAACAAAAGCGACGUGACGCCGCAGCGGAUCGCGAAUGGGAUCGCGGAGGUUUUCCGGCAGGUGGACCAUGCGAAUCUGCGGUGGUUGGUUAUGGGCGACGACGAUUCGAUCUUCUUUCUGGAUAAUCUGGUUGAGAUUCUCCAGCGGUACGAUCACACCAAGUAUUACUACAUUGGGGCGCGGUCGGAGUUUGUGUUGUCGAAUUUCUUGUUCUCGUUCAGCCAAGGGUUUGGAGGGGCAGGAUUCAUUCUGAGUUACCCUUUGGCGAAGGAUCUGGUGAGAGAUAUGGAUAAUUGUUUGAUGAGAUACAGCCAUGUGGUUGCUGCUGAUCAGACCACCAUGUCUUGUAUUGCUGAUAUGGGAGUGAACCUUACUCCUCUUGAGGGGUUUCACCAGAUUGAUCUGCGCGGCGACAUAUCAGGUCUUCUAUCAUCCCACCCUAAAGUCCCACUCUUGUCCCUUCACCAUUUCGACAUGGUAGAGCCCAUAUUCCCCACCAUGGACCGUUCCCAGUCCACGCGACACCUAAUGAUGGCGGCGAACGCCGACCAGUCCCGGAUGCUCCAGCAAACCGUCUGCCACGACAGGCGGCGCAACUGGUCUUUCUCCAUUUCUUGGGGCUAUUCUGCUCACAUAUACGAAAGGAUUAUGCCUCGGAGCUUUCUGCAGUACCCUAUUGAGACCUUCCAGGCAUGGUUGCCGGCGCCUGGGCCCCCGUUUUACAUGUUCAACACACGCCUCCCCUCCACCGACCCCUGUGAAGCCCCGCAUGUAUUCUUCCUUGACACAGUAAAGCGUAAGGCCGAUGACAUACUGACAGUUUACCGCCGGGCGUGGCCGCGUGGUAUGCCGACUUGUUUCUUUGCCGGGAAUCAUUCCGCCGAUUACAUUCACAAAAUUCGAGUAACUUCACCGGCCAAAAAGCGAUUGGAGAUUCAUAGAAGUGAAUGCUGUGACAUCGUAGGAGUAGUGGGGAACAAGGCCGACGUUAAGUUCAGAGAGUGCAUGGACAAGGAGAUCAUGGCUUAAUUAUUAUUCCAAACUUGCGGACCAUGUAUGCAUCCAUCGUUGUUGAGAUUAAUUUCCCUUAUUCUUUAUGUUAAAACACUGAAUUUUACAAGUACUAUAGUUAGAAAUUGAGCAUCAUUACAUUUUUAUGUAAGCACUUAUGAUAAUCAAUUAAAUUUGUUUGCUUCAUGAGAACUUGGAUCAUGGAAUAAUUAAGUACUUAUAAUUAUACAAUUGUAUUCUAUCUUUAUAUAUAUGGUCACA